GUAAUAAUAGAUGUUGUCAAGUAUUGUACAGGUACCGAUAAUUACUUGAGAGUGUGACGGUUGAUUUUGCAUGCAAAUCUCAAGUUUUAGAAUUGAGUGGGAAACCCUGUAUAUCUCGUUCAGAAAUUACCAUGGAGAAUAAAACAAGUGCACCUCCCACCCCUCAAGUGUCGACAUCACAGCAUGGUCUUAAGACAUUAGAAAAAGACUUUUCCGACGACUACAAGUUAAGUAGCGUGCCACCACCCACAAGUGAUGAUCUCGAAGAAACCAAUGGGCUUGUCAGAGCAGGGUUAAGUACCAAACCACGACUGUUGUUAAUGACAACCAUUGGAACCUUUUGGGGAUUCAGCAUUGGAGCCUUCUUAGGCGGACAGCAAUCAGGCUUGCAGUAUUUGGCAGAGAAUGCGCACAAAUUACCAACCACUGUACAAGGUUGGUAUUUCUAUCACAAGACAAAGAACUAUCGCAUGAUGUUGGGUGGUGUAAAGCGAGGCUUAAAGUUUGCAGGAAAGACUGGUGGAUUAUGUUUACUUUAUGGUUCUGUUGAGGCGGCGAUUGAUGAUGUACGUGGAGAAGCCGACGUUUUGAAUUCUGUUACUGCUGGUAUUGCGACAGGAACAAUUUUUUCAACUCUUACAAAAUUGACAAGAGGAUCUUUUAGAUAUUCAGUGAUAUUUGGUGCCAUGUUUGGUUUGGCAGCUGGUGGUCUUUCUGAUUUACAUCGUUAUGCAUCAGGAGAUACACCUACGUAUGGAAAGUGGUUAUUGUCCUUGAAGAAAGAACAGGAAAAGAAGAUUGAGCAAUAAAUAUGUGAGUGUCUCUGAUGCUGCUGGUGGUCUUUUUUUUUAAAAAAAAGAUUAUGGGCUUUUCCUGUAAUAAAAUUCGCAUUAUGUAAGAGUGUAAAACGUGACAGCAUGUUUAUUCAGGGCAUUCAGAUGAUUCUUAAGCGGUGGUUAUAAGGCACGGC